AUGCGCUCGUAUACGUUCGCGGCGCUGCUUUUCCCUGCAUUGGCAGUCUGUAGGCUGUUCAAAGACGAUGCGUACCUCCAGGACUCCGCAGGCGCUUCAAGUAUAGUACAGGCGAGUCCUGCCUCAGUGCCAACAUCUGGAUCCCCUGCCGCAACAGGGGUAUCCAUCGGAGAGAUUCUCGAGCUCCGUCAAGCGCCAGGUCUUACCCCAGCCAACGCUGCACCUCCAGUAGAUCCGGGUCUUGUUCCACAGUCAGCUCCUGAGAAUCCGGCGGUGCCUGCUGGCAACCUGGCACCUGCAGUAGCUCCCGUUUCAGUUGAUUCCUCUUCUUCCUCACCGUCCUCACCGUCCUCACCUUCCUCCAUAGCUUCGCCUUCCUCCUCGUCCCUCGGUGUCGACGUAUCCGCAGCAGCGACUGUGCCAGCUACAUCCACAGUUGUCGCACCACCCGCCAACCAAAUUGCUCCCGCAGUGCCUCCCGCCGCAGUUCCCGUCAAUCCUGCCGCGCCUGCCUUAACCACAGCCGCGGCACCCCUCGCAGCGCCAGACGUGAAUGACUUCGUCACCGUUCAAUGGGUCGAAACGUGGAUCGGCGGAACAUCCCAGACGUGGGUUCCAAAGACCAUCUCGUUCCACUUCAAGGAUAUGACCGCGCCUCUACUGCCGGGCAAGGGAGAGAUUGGUAUGGGCACGCUGACAGGUGAGCCUGGCCAGACGAAGACGGUGAUGUUGGGGGCGGCGCCUACGGAGGCAGCGGGCUGGAGGGGAGUCGCAGCUGCUGUGGGCGUUGGUGUUGUAGGAAUGAUGGUCGUGGUUCGAGGCCGUGGUGGAUUCCGAGCAAAGAGCGAGAAUGGUACCGUUUUUGGCUCACCGCAACAUGCAUGCGAGAUCCUCGGAGAUCGCGGCAAGCCUGAUCACACCACUACGUCGCAGCGGAAGAUAAUGAAGAGAGGCUCAACCUUAAUCAAAAAUUCGCCCGAUGUGCAGAUGGAUGAGGCUCAGCGGGCCAGACAGAUUCAGGAGUACAAGGGGUGGAGUGAUACACCCGGAUACGCCCAGAAAUGUGGCGCGAUAUCCUCCCGCCUCGUCGUAUCAGGCCAGCGCAGAUCGGUCCGAUUCGAUCGCUGA